GUGUCUUUCAAAAUAAUAUGCAAAUGAUUAAGAAUUACGUAGCCAGAAACAAUGUGAGCAAACAAGUUGAAGUGGGCCUCACAACGUUCCUCCCUCUCCUCCUCAUCUCCGUUGUCAUCGUCAGAAUACCCUCAGCACUUUCAUCCCGGAAAACCGUUUCUUUUUAUCGGGAAAGUCGUUUGUUCAAUGUCGUUACCUCGCUGACGUCAUAACCAUUAUACAUCUCCCGCUUUUUCCCUUUAUUUAUUUGUCCGUUUUUUAGACGAAGGGCUUCCCAUUUGUUGUACUAUAGUGAUGAAUGAGUUGGAUGGGUUGCAUUAUGUAGAGAAUAUUGUCAACUCUCCAUUUCCUUUAUUUAAAUUGUUUAUUUGCCUUUCCACAUGGUUCUUUACUUUUGCCUCCGAUAGCCUUGUCGUUGAUUUGCAAUGUAUUUCCGACGCGUACUAUUGUUGUUAUUUUUCAAAUUAUUUGUUGACACUUAAUAUACAUCAGUCAUUUUUUUCUUUUUCUAUUCUUUUUAUUGAAGGUGUCGUGGACGCUUUCUUUCACUUAACAUAGGGAUGAAAGCGGAGAGUAAGUUUGCCGAAAACGUGUCAGAAAGAAACAUGUGUUUCAAUCAGUAAAAUGAUUAUUCUUUUCCAUUACCCAUGCAAAAAAAAAAAAGAAAAAAGGAAAUUAAAUAGUAGUUUAGUGACUUUUUCCAUUUAGCGUCUUCGACGCUCAAGCACACACACACACAUUAUAUAUAUAUAUAUAUAUAUAUACAUCUAUAUACAUCUAUAUACAUAUAUAUACAUAUACGCAUGACAACUCAACUACUUUCAUGGACCAAGGAUUCAUUAGCUCAUUAUCUAAUUUUUUGUACUUUACUCCUUCUAAUUGCUUAGUUAUUUAAGUGAUCUUGCUAUACGGCCCGUUGUGAUGAUAAUUUUUUUCUAAUUUCCCUUCAAAAGUUUAAUUUAAUGCAUGCAACCUGCAGUGUCGGCUUCCUGAUUGCACCUAUUUUUUCUCCUUUCAUAUUUUUUUUCUUGAAUUUUUUCAUCAAGCUCAGUGUUGGUGGUAGGUAACAGUCAAAGGUGUUAUUCUACAAUUCAACUGGAGGGAAAGGGAAAGAAUUGCAACAACCUCCCAAAAGUACUUCAUAAUAAAUAAGAAACGCAAUUAGAAUGCUCCGAGUGUGUCGAAUUGUUCUGUCACACUAUGAAAUGGGCUUAAAAUGCGGCAAUAUGCACUACCGGACGCGCGGCCCUGGCAUUUUGAGACGGUGCUGGCGCAGGUUCAAAGCGCAACCCCCUCUUCGUAAGUUUUUCCUUUUCUGUGGCUGCGGUGUGUUCACAGGCGUCAGUUAUAUUUCCCUUUGCGUAGCCAUCCAUAGGCUGCACCAGCCCACAAUUUACAGCCUCUACCAUCCGACUGAGGAUUACCUUGUCGAGGACUGGCGGGAUGUGGAGCCCGGUCUGAAGCCCGGGGAUAUCCUCCUCAUGAGAGGUACGUCGCCAUUGAGCUGGAUGAUCGUAACAGGGCAGUUCAUCUACUCCAUGCUGCACCCGGCCGCGCUGCGGUACUCACACGUUGCGGUAGUUACCGAGUCUGCCAUUUUGUCCGACGACGAUGGAGCCACGCCCGAUGCUGGGGAUGGGAAGCUCGCAAAGUCGCCCGCGGCAGCCGGGUACGACGUCUCGAAACCGCCCGCGAGGAACGCAGUGGAGGCUCUCCUUAGGGAUGAGCAGGAGGCGGGGCAACGGCGGCGGCAGGCUCGUGUAAAGCGCGGGGCCAUCAUCCUUGAGGGGAUGGAUAACACCGAUUGCCACGUUCCCGAUAUUAAUGGCAAAGUCCAUUACAAUGCCGUCCAACGAGUCGAGGCGACGAAGCGGCUGUGCUCGGUCGACGAAGACGGCAAACCUUCCUAUCACUACUUCGCCGUACGUCGUCUCAAACGGGAGAGCGAGACCAACGACGAGGACAAGGACGGCGAGCGCUGCGCUCAGGAGGACCUCCCGCGCACGCCGGCGAUGCUGCGCGCGAUUCGCGGCUUUGCGGAGCGCAACGAGGGGCGCCCGCUGAUUUGCUCCCUUGUGUACCCCCUUGCCUUUGUCUCGCCCCGCCUCUACCUGGCGAUUCGCCGGCAGGACGCCCUCCACGAGGUCUCCUGCGCUCAGCUAAUCGUGGACCUCUACCAGGAGCUUGGGCUGAUCCAGCGGCGCUGGCGGUGGGUCCCGUUGUCCGAUCAAGAGGCUGCCCUGUCCCAUAAAGGGGAGGCUUCGCUGUCCCACUGGGACACGCACCUGCGCGUGUCCGCCGACCGCCACCCCGCCGCCUACGUCGUGGGCCGCGGCCCGCAUGUCCACGAGCGCGCCAGCCGUUGGGACCCCCCCCUGCGUCAGGGCCCGUUGUGGGCCCAUGGGCUGCCGGUGGUGCCGCCCAACACCCCCAUCGAGGGCGCGGAGAUGCUCCUGGAGGAGCCGACCACGUGCGACCCAUUGACAGGGGGGGAGAUGGCGAGCCCGCCGCUCCGUGCGGGCGACCUCGCGCGUUGUCGUGUGAAGAGGCCCAUCUGGAAGUUGUUGCCACUCCGCGGCGCCGGUUCAACGUCGUGGUGCCAGCUGCGUUGGUACUACCGCCACAACAGCCUCCAGACGGCGCCAUAUGCGCUCACACAGGGUGCGGGGGAGAAGGUGCUGGACUGGGCGCCGGGCUGUGGCGGUCUUGGGUCCGAAAUACGAAUGGGGAUCCCCUCCGAAACGAUCCCCAGCGAUCAUGAGGAUGAGAUCUCCACCCCACCACUCGAAGAGGGCCUGCUUUCUGAUUCUCGAUAG